UUCCAGUUUGUGUUGCCUGAAUCAAGAGAGAAUCAGGAUGUGGCUGUCUUCUUCAUACCUAAUUACGCUUAUUUUAGGAUUUCUGGGGCAAUAUGUGGCUUUUGCACGACAAGAUGUGACAACUGAUUUAUUUGGGUCAGAAAAGUAUGGAACUAUCGCUGCCUUUGGUGAUUUUAACUCGGACAAACAGACUGACAUUUUCAUCAUCAAAGAACAGUCUGAACUAGUGAUCUUUUUGGCUGAUCUGAAAGCACCCUACUUCAAGCCAAAAGUUCGUCUUGGCGAAGGUGACAUCCCAAAUGACAUGGCUAUUACUAGUGUUGUCCCUGGUGAUUACGAUGGAGACUCCCAGAUGGAUGUGUUGCUCACCAUGUCCAAAAAAGGAAAAGACGCCUCUGACACCACAGUGUUUGUCUUCUGGGGAAACAACCAGACUUUGGAUAAAUCAAGGGUUGAGCUGAACAAGACCUUUUUGGACCAGCCUCUGGUUAUGGAUUUUAAUGGUGACAUGGUCCCAGACAUCUUCGGAGUGGUUGGUGUUGCCACACAAGUCUGUUAUCUCAAAGAAAGGCAGGUGAUAUGGCGGGAUGCUCUUGGCAGUGACGUUAAGAUGCGAGUUCCCCAUUCCAAUGCCUUUAUUGACCUCAAUAAAGACUUCACUGCUGAUCUCUUCCUCACCAUCAAGGACAAUGGAUUUCAGACGUGGUUCAAUAAGGAUGGGAACUUUAGUGAAAGUGAAAGUGUCCGCAAGGCGCCAGACAACGCCAAGAGAGUGGGACAGUCCUCGUUUGUUGACUUUGAUGGCGAUGGCUUCCAGGACCACCUGCUGCCCGUGUGUCUGGACGACACCUGCACCAAGAGUGCCAUCUACCUGAGCAAGCCUGGGGACGCACAGGGGAGUUGGGUGUCCGUGCUGACUGACCUCCAGUGGAAGGGGACGCUGUGGGGCUUCGUGCCCGGGGACCUGAGCAUGCCCAUCAGCCUGCACAUGGGCGACUACAACCUGGACGGCUUUCCCGACGCCCUGGCCAUCCUCAGGAACACCAGCGGGGGUGGGCAGCAGGCCUUCCUGCUGGACAACGUGCCAUGCGACGAGGACAGCUGCCAGGGUUUGGGCCGCAUGUUCCGGCCACACUGGGAGCAGCCGGACCUCAAGGCCAUCCCUCAGGCGCGCCUCGCCACCUUCUUCGACAUCUACGAGGACGGUAUAUUAGACAUGCUCAUCCUGAGCAAAGAGGAGGGGAAGGCGGACCUCACCAUCCACGCUCUCAAGAACAACUUUGAGGCAGAUGCCUACUUUGUCAAAGUGAUAGUGCUCAGCGGUCUUUGCCCCAAGGUGUGUCCAGACAAUGUGAAGCCAUUUGGUGUGAAUCAGCCCGGUCCUUAUGUCAUGUACACCUCGGUGGACUCCAAUGGCUACUUGAAGAACGCCUCUGCGGGUCAGCUCAGUCAGUCGGCCCAUCUCUCUCUGCAGCUGCCCUACACGGUGUUGGGUCUGGGCCGUAGUGCCAACUUCCUCGACCACCUCUACGUGGGCAUCCCCCGUCCACCUGGUAACAAGGACAUCAGGAAACAGGAGUGGACCGCGAUCAUCCCCAACUCACAGCUCAUCGUCAUCCCCUACCCACUUGAUGACCCACGCAGCUGGAGUGCUAAGUUGUACCUGACCCCCAGUAAUAUAGUGUUGCUGACGGCUAUCGCUCUCAUCGGGGUGUGUGUCUUCAUCCUGGUCAUCAUAGGAAUCCUGCAUUGGCAAGAGAAGAAAGCAGAUGACCGGGAGAAGAGGCAAGAGGCACACCGUUUCCAUUUCGACGCCAUGUGAGGCACUGGCUGAAGAAGAGCAUCAUGGGGGAUAUGCAAAUCACUCCCUUCUCUGCUGUGUCCCAUUGGGCAGAUUACUUACAUGUUUAUUUAUUUGGCUCCAAUUAGACUUAGAGUAAAUGAUGAAAAAUGGCACAUCAUUCAGGCACAUAAUGGUUUUAUUUUUAAUGCUUCAAAUUUUUAAGAUGUGAUUUGACAAGAUCUGCAUAGCAUUAAAUGUGCAGACCUCUCUGUUGACAGAAGAUAGGGAAAGCGUUACUUUUAACCACAAGCGCAAGGCAUUUCAGGGGCCUGGAAUCUGGUGAUUUCAUCAAACCAGGUGGUGUAAGGUGCCAAUACCCCUCUCUCUCUCUCUCCCUCUCUCUAUCUCUCUCUCUCUCUCUCUUUCUCUCUCCACACAACAUUCCCAGCAGAUGCAAACAGCAUGCAUGACCAUUAAAUGUCUUCAAUAUGGAAUUUCAGUCUAAGAUGGACAAUACUGCAUUAGCAUGUAGUCAGUGUCACUGGAACAUAGGUUUCUCUGCUACUGAUUUAAUUUAAUUUGUUUUAUUUGUUUAUUUUGAGUGCAUGAGUCCAUGUUUUUGUACUUUCCAUAUUUUGCCCACAAACAAUGGGGAGCUACUGUAGUGCUUUGUCUGUUUUUGUUUGUUUCUUUGUUUGUUUUUGAGCCAUCCCCAUGUGAUCACCUCUGGUUCUUCUACGUCAUGGUAAAGCCUUGGGUUCCAACUGCUGUGCUUUCAACAGCUUGGAGGUGUACAGGUGGAUAUAACAGGGAUACAGAUGGUUCAGUGACCCUGACGCUCCCACCAGCACCAUUUAACUAAAGACUUCCCCAUCCCACCUGGCUACUGAGGAGCCCUCUAUACAGCUCAACCAGCUGCUGCUUGUGUCUGGAAGAAGAGUAAACCUGCAUGUCCUUGGCCCCUGAGGCAGACCCCUCUUUCAUCUGUGUGAGUAGAGAGAGAGAGAGAGAGAGAGAGAGAGAGAGAGAGAUGCACAGGCACAUUGCACCCCCAUCACUUUUAUUGCUCUUUUAUCUUUUCAUUCCUCGUUUGGUUCCCGGUAACACCAUUCCCCCAGUCCAUGGGCCUGAUCUCUCUUCCCGAGCUGAGCUUGAGUACACUGACUCUCAUCCUUAUUGGUGUGUGUGUGCGCGUGUCGGUGUGUGUUGCAGCCAGCCAUCCAGUGAACUUGAAUGUUAAUCCAUACAGUAUCCGUGUGUUGUUCACUUUGCUGUUCCGUUGUCAUUCAGACUUUUGAUGUUUCAUCACAUUGAAUGCAAGUCUAGAAAUGUACAUAUGUUAAAAAUGUACAGUUGAAAUGGAGGUUGAGUAAUCAAGGCUCUGCUUGAUUUAGGAUUGAUGUUUUUGAAACUACUGUAGUCUACACUGUUCAUUGAAGUAAUGCAAUAUCUCAUGUAUGUAAUGUCUUGAGAGAAGCCAAAUGGACUCUUUUACAAGGCUUGGUCAUCAAUUGUAAAAAUUUACACUGACUGCCUUUUAACUGUUUUCAUUGUUUCUUUCUUGUGAUUUGCACUUUUUUGUACUAAUGAAUAAAUGUGUGUGUUUUUAUUUAUUUUGAGGGUACUGCAUCAGAAGCUGUCAUGUUGUGUAACUUUAAUUUCAUAGUUGUAGUAGUGUUAUGUUGGAUGGGUUAUUAUGCUGAAAAUAAAACUGCUUUGCUGAUGA